GAUCAUGCGGGAGCAGCCCAGCGUUGUGCUCAGCGCUGCCCAUACUGUGGCGGUCCGAAUGUCUGCUUUUGUACGCCAGAUGGACUUCGCUAUCGACUGGAUGGCCGUGGAGGCUGGGAGAGCUCUCUACAGGCAGGGAGACCAGUCCGACUGCACCUACAUCGUUCUCAACGGACGUCUCCGCUCUGUCAUCCGCAAAGCCAGCGGCAAGAAGGAGCUGGUGGGGGAGUACGGGAGAGGAGACCUGAUCGGAGUGGUGGAGGCGCUGACGCGCCAGCCUCGUGCCACCACAGUUCACGCGGUCAGAGACACGGAGCUCGUCAAACUGCCCGAGGGAACCCUGAACAACAUCAAGAGGAGGUACCCGCAGGUUGUGACGCGGCUCAUCCACUUGCUGGGACAGAAGAUUCUGGGAAACCUGCAGCAAGCCAGGGGCCCUUUCUCAGGCUCCAGCAUCGGAUUCAACUCCGUGGCCUCAAGCCACGACGUGACCAACCCAGCCAGCAACCUGUCCACUGUGGCGGUACUGCCAGUCUGCGAUGACGUGCCGGUCAGCGCCUUCAAUCUGGAGCUGAGCCACGCCCUCAAUGCCAUCGGACCCACCCUCCUCCUCACGAGUGAGAUCGUCCGGGAGAGGCUGGGAGCCGGUGCCUUAGACAGUAUCUACGAGUAUCGCCUCUCAGGCUGGCUGGCUCAGCAGGAGGAUAUUAACCGCAUUGUUCUGUACCAGACUGACUACACCAUGACCCCCUGGACCCAGCGCUGCAUCCGGCAGGCAGACUGCAUCCUCAUCGUGGGGCUGGGGGACAUGGAGCCCACCCUGGGGGAGCUGGAGCGGAUGCUGGAGAACACUGCGGUCCGCGCUCUCAAGCAGCUGGUGCUGCUGCACCGGGAGGACGGGCCCGGCCCGGCCCGCACCGUCGAGUGGCUCAACAUGCGCAGCUGGUGCUCCGGACACCUCCACCUCCGGGCCCCCCGCAGGGUCUUCUCCAGACGCAGCCCUGCCAAGCUGAGAGAGAUGUAUGAGAAGGUGUUUGAGAAGACAGCUGACCGGCACAGCGACUUCUCUCGUCUCGCCAGAGUCCUGACUGGGAACACCAUCGCCCUGGUACUGGGAGGGGGCGGGGCCAGGGGCUGCUCUCAUGUGGGGCUCAUCAAGGCUAUGGAGGAGUCGGGGAUCCCUAUCGACAUCGUCGGGGGCACGUCUAUCGGCUCCUUCAUCGGGGGUCUGUACGCAGAGGAGCGCAGCGCGGUCCGGACCAAGCAGAGGGCACGCGAGUGGGCCAAGGCGAUGAACUCCGUGUUCAAGACCGCGCUGGAUCUCACCUACCCCAUCACCUCCAUGUUCUCUGGAUCUGCCUUCAACACCAGCAUCUCCAAGGUGUUCCAGGACAAACAGAUCGAGGACCUGUGGAUUCCCUAUUUCAACGUGACCACAGACAUCACCGCGUCCUCAAUGCGGGUUCACAAAGAUGGCAGUGUCUGGCGCUAUGUCAGAGCCAGCGCCUCCUACACCCCCUAUUUACCUCCUCUCUGCGACCCCAAGGACGGGCAUUUGCUUGUGGAUGGCUGCUAUGUAAACAAUGUCCCAGGCUCACUAUGGCGGUAUGUGCGAGCUAGCAUGACCCUUUCCGGGUACCUACCGCCACUCUGUGACCCAAAGGAUGGCAACUUGCUCAUGGACGGAGGCUACAUCAACAACCUGCCAGCUGAUAUCGCCAGGAACAUGGGGGCCAAAACGGUGAUCGCCAUCGAUGUGGGCAGCCGGGACGAGACUGGCCUCUGUAACUAUGGAGACAGCCUGUCCGGCUGGUGGUUGCUGUGGAAACGCAUUAACCCCUGGGCGGAGAAGGUGAAGGUUCCUGACAUGGCUGAGAUCCAGUCCCGGCUGGCUUAUGUAUCGUGUGUGCGGCAGCUGGAGGUGGUGAAGAACAGCUCGUACUGCGAGUACAUCCGGCCGCCCAUUGACCGCUUCAAAACCAUGGACUUUGGCAAGUUCGACGAGAUCUACGAGGUGGGGCUGCAGCAUGGGAAGGUGCUGUUCGGUGGCUGGGCCCGGGGGGAUAUCAUUGAUAAGAUGCUGAAAGACAGACGAUCAGCCGAUUUCAACGACAGCAAGAAGACCAGCCGCCCCUGUGCUGGUGCUGACUUCACUGAUCUUGCUGAGAUCGUGUCCCGGAUCGAGCCGGUGCAGAGCUACCUCACUGCGGAUGCAGAGGAGUCUGACUAUCUGACGGAGUACGAGGAUGAUGGGAUGGACACUGUGAGAGAGGAGGAGGGAGAGGAAGAGGACGAGGAACCCGAAGAUCAGGCCCCUGCGGAGUGGUCUCAUAACGGGGUGUUUGAGACGGACGAAGAGAAGUCGAUCCGACAUCGUCAGAAGAAACCCUUGGAGUCAGCAUCGGGAGCGGAGACCUCCGACUCCUAGCCAGGGAGACGGAGUGAGAGUGGAGGGGGUGGGAGGAAGCUGCUGUAAGAGCCGGUCUGGGGUCUUUGACAGAAAGAAAGAUCCUGGUCUGGGAAACGAGACGUUCCAGCACUGUAAAAUAUGUACGUGUUUUUAUAUAAAAGAAGAUGAGCCUUCAAUAAUGAACUAGUAUAAUUAAUGCAUAAUAUAUUGAGGUGCAUAAACGACAGAUAAGUAUCUAAAAAAAAAUUAAGAUUUUAUUAGCCAUUAACCAAAAAAAAACUUAACUUUUGUUUUCUCAAGAAAUGAAGCGUGUGCGAGUGCGUGUGCGUGUGCGUGAGCAGUAUGUGUGACGGAGUGAUGUUUGUCCUGCACGUGAUCACUUCCGAGCGUUUGCAAUAUUUAUGCAUACUGGUUCUCUGAGUGCGUUCGUGCUUAUUCCCACAGAUUCCUUCUAAAACCGAAGGUCCAAAAUAGAGUUUCAAACAGCUCUCUGUCCCUAGAGAACUACUGUUCCUACUUUUUAAAUAUUAAGGACCGAUUCACAAAGCUCCAAGCCAUGACGGAAAAAACAGAGUGAGGGUUCCUGUUGGUUUGUUUAACAGCCAUUCAGAAACGUUCCUGAAUAAUGUCGAAACUCCAGUGAGCAGACCGUUACUGCAGUGUAGGAAAGAGAACAACUUCAAACAGCUAUCCUUCCAAAACUACAAAACGAAUCAACCACUAAGCUAAUCUGAUCCACUCACAUUUAUUCAUACAAGGCGUGCUCACUUUAUUUUCAGACUUUUUAAAAAAGGUUUGUGAAUAGUCCCCAAUAUUACGAAGUGCUUUUGAAUCCUUUACAAUGCUUUCUUACUGAUGGCUCCCCACCUGUCUGGUCACGUCCUUCUGCCCCUCUGUUUGCACCACGUCGGGGCGCGCAGGUCGUUGCGUUCGGGUUCUGAUGUGGAAGUGAUGAGACAGAAAGCAGCUCAGCUUGUGCCAGCAGCCGGGGGCACAGUCUCUCAGCUUCCAUCCCAUUGACUUAUUUCCCUUUCCGUCUACCUGUGCUUUUGAUUAAAUAUACAGAUCAGAUCCAGCCAGUGUUUUUAAGAACAGUGCUCGAAACUUCUGUGUUGCCUCUAAAACAAGGAGCCAGCAAAGAACCUGUAACUCACUGAAAGCAAUGCGUCUGCACACUGAAAGUGUAAAAACAGUACAAUUCCCCUCGUCUUAAACCCACCCUGUCCGGACUGAGCUGCAGCGUGUCAGUGCUGUUCCAGGCUCAGCAAUGCUCUGGUAUGCGUUCACAGUGUAUUUAAAGGUAGUUAUUUAAAAAUAAUUUUGUUAUUUGAUUCCUUGACUGGAACAGAAACGAACAUGAAGAUGAUGGAUGUAUAUUGAUUUUAACAGGCACUGAUCCCUAACUAAAUGUACAAAUUUGGAGGGGAGUGUAGUUUGGGUUUACUUUUGCAAUAAUAAUGAGAUGAACAAUAAUAUAUUGAUAAAUAUGUAUAACAAAUGUGAUAUAAUUUAAUUUAAAAGACUGAACAAUAAAAAGGAAACAGUGGAACUGG